AAAAACAUGCCUUGCGAGCAGUGUGAUACAAUUUAUUUAUUUUGUAAAAAACAAUAAAAUAAAUUAAACAGUUAGUUUCACCACGUUUAACAUACAAUGGGUUCGGUAUAAUACGAUUGUCCAAAAUGGAAGAAGAACUUCGAUGUUUUGUUUGUAAGGAAUUCUACAAGGAACCAGUGCUGCUGCCCUGUGGUCAUGCUUUAUGUCGUAUUUGUGCGGUGAGCCUCCAGUGCCAUGUCCAUGAGGCUGAUAAUUCGGCAGCGUCAACAGAUUACCAUGAGGCAGACAAGGCCUCUGUGUCCAGUGAAACUGACAGCGGUGUGGUAUGUGGAUCAAGGCCUAACAGUUACGCGGGAACCCCGGCCGCGCCUGUGUAUCCGUCCGCUGCGUUUAGCUUGACUUGUCCCCUGUGCAGCAAGUUGGUUUAUUUAGAUGACAAUGGGGCUGAGGGGCUCCCCCCGUUUCGCGUUAUGCGGACGAUCGUGGAGCGGUUUGGGGGUGUUACUGGUGCGCCACCAGCUGAAGAAGCGUGUCAGAUGUGUGAAGGUGAAAAGAGAGCAGCUGUGGUACGAUGCGAGCAGUGCUCUGUUCGCUACUGCGCCGGCUGCCGAGACGCUUGGCAUCCCACGCGAGGGCCACUCGCUCAACACGAACUAAGAGCACUUGGAACCACCUGUAGUGACCAUGGAUCUUCCCCAGUAUUGUAUUGUAACACUUGCCUAGUCCCUAUUUGUCAACGUUGCCUUGCUGAGAGACACUCAACUCAUGAAACACAACAAUUAUCUAGUGCUGCUAGAGCCAAUAAGACUGAAUUAUCACAAUCACUGCAGCAACUGUCAGAGCAAGCCAAAGCUAUGACUGAAUACAUCCAGCUAGUCAAAAGUUCAGGAGAAAAAAUUAAUGAAUCAUGUGAAGAAUUAGAAAGGCAAAUAGAUAGUGCUUGUGCAGAAGUGACUCGUGCCAUAGAGCUACGUCGCGAUGAGCUGAUUAGAGCUGCACGGAACACCCGUUCCCAAGCUGUGGCUAACAUGCGCUCGUUGACUUCUCAGGCAGCACAGAAGCUCAGGGAAGCGACUGCCCUGUUACACUUCUCAAUAGAGGCUCUCAAGGAAGCUGAUCAUGCAGCAUUCUUACAGGUAGGGAACAUACUGUCGACGCGAGCGCAAGAGACCGCUUCGGGGCUCUGCUCGAGUCUCAGCGCGCCGCCGGAUCCGCCAGCGCUGACGCUUGACAUAGAGCCCGUACUGCGCACUGUGCGGACUAUGAACUUCAUCGAGUGCAUACCGCCGGGCGCGCCCGAGAUGGCGGUGGAGGCGUGCGCGGCGCGCGGCUGCUCGUGCACGCUGGCGUGGCGCGCGCCCGCCGCGCCGGCCGCCGUGCGUGGCUACGUGCUGGAGCUGGACGACGGGCUGGGCGGGCCCUUCCGGCGUGUGUGGCGCGCGCCCGCCGCGCCGGCCGCCGUGCGAGGCUACGUGCUCGAGCUGGACGACGGGCUGGGCGGGCCCUUCCGGCGUGUGUGGCGCGCGCCCGCCGCGCCGGCCGCCGUGCGAGGCUACGUGCUCGAGCUGGACGACGGGCUGGGCGGGCCCUUCCGGUGUAUAGAUGGCGGUGGAGGCGUGCGCGGCUACGUGCUGGAGCUGGACGACGGGCUGGGCGGGCCCUUCCGGUGUAUAGAUGGCGGUGGAGGCGUGCGCGGCUACGUGCUGGAGCUGGACGACGGGCUGGGCGGGCCCUUCCGGCGUGUGUGGCGCGCGCCCGCCGCGCCGGCCGCCGUGCGAGGCUACGUGCUCGAGCUGGACGACGGGCUGGGCGGGCCCUUCCGGAGAUGGGGGCUAGUGUAUAGAUGGCGGUGGAAACGUGUGUGGCGCGCGCCCGCCGCGCCGGCCGCCGUGCGAGGCUACGUGCUCGAGCUGGACGACGGGCUGGGCGGGCCCUUCCGGGAGGUGUACUGCGGACGCGAGACGGUGUGCACGAUAGAUGGGCUACACUACGCGUCCCUCUAUAGUGCGCGCGUGAAAGCAUUCAACGGUGCCGGCGAGGGACCCUAUAGCGAAUUGAUUGGCCUGCAGACUUCGCCUGUCGCCUGGUUCACCUGGGACGCCCGAUGCGGGGGUGCGGAGGGCGGGGGCGGGGUCACUCUCAGCGCAGACGGCCUCAGCGCCAAAGCGGCCGGCUGGGAGCCUCGCGUGGCCUUAGCGGACCAGCCGCUAGCCCGCGGCCUGCACUACUGGAGGUUGAGAUUGGACCACUACGACGGAGACGCGGACCCGGCCUUUGGGAUCGCGAGGGCUGACGUUGCUAAGGAUAAAAUGCUUGCGGCCGGCUGGGAGCCUCGCGUGGCCUUAGCGGACCAGCCGCUAGCCCGCGGCCUGCACUACUGGAGGUUGAGAUUGGACCACUACGACGGAGACGCGGACCCGGCCUUUGGGAUCGCGAGGGCUGACGUUGCUAAGGAUAAAAUGCUUGCGGCCGGCUGGGAGCCUCGCGUGGCCUUAGCGGACCAGCCGCUAGCCCGCGGCCUGCACUACUGGAGGUUGAGAUUGGACCACUACGACGGAGACGCGGACCCGGCCUUUGGGAUCGCGAGGGCUGACGUUGCUAAGGAUAAAAUGCUUGCGGCCGGCUGGGAGCCUCGCGUGGCCUUAGCGGACCAGCCGCUAGCCCGCGGCCUGCACUACUGGAGGUUGAGAUUGGACCACUACGACGGAGACGCGGACCCGGCCUUUGGGAUCGCGAGGGCUGACGUUGCUAAGGAUAAAAUGCUUGCGGCCGGCUGGGAGCCUCGCGUGGCCUUAGCGGACCAGCCGCUAGCCCGCGGCCUGCACUACUGGAGGUUGAGAUUGGACCACUACGACGGAGACGCGGACCCGGCCUUUGGGAUCGCGAGGGCUGACGUUGCUAAGGAUAAAAUGCUUGCGGCCGGCUGGGAGCCUCGCGUGGCCUUAGCGGACCAGCCGCUAGCCCGCGGCCUGCACUACUGGAGGUUGAGAUUGGACCACUACGACGGAGACGCGGACCCGGCCUUUGGGAUCGCGAGGGCUGACGUUGCUAAGGAUAAAAUGCUUGCGGCCGGCUGGGAGCCUCGCGUGGCCUUAGCGGACCAGCCGCUAGCCCGCGGCCUGCACUACUGGAGGUUGAGAUUGGACCACUACGACGGAGACGCGGACCCGGCCUUUGGGAUCGCGAGGGCUGACGUUGCUAAGGAUAAAAUGCUUGCGGCCGGCUGGGAGCCUCGCGUGGCCUUAGCGGACCAGCCGCUAGCCCGCGGCCUGCACUACUGGAGGUUGAGAUUGGACCACUACGACGGAGACGCGGACCCGGCCUUUGGGAUCGCGAGGGCUGACGUUGCUAAGGAUAAAAUGCUUGCGGCCGGCUGGGAGCCUCGCGUGGCCUUAGCGGACCAGCCGCUAGCCCGCGGCCUGCACUACUGGAGGUUGAGAUUGGACCACUACGACGGAGACGCGGACCCGGCCUUUGGGAUCGCGAGGGCUGACGUUGCUAAGGAUAAAAUGCUUGAGGCUGGUUGGGAGCCUCGCGUGGCCUUAGCAGACCAGCCGCUAGCCCGCGGCCUGCACUACUGGAGGUUGAGAUUGGACCACUACGACGGAGACGCGGACUCGGCCUUUGGGAUCGCGAGGGCUGACGUUGCUAAGGAUAAAAUGCUUGCGGCCGGCUGGGAGCCUCGCGUGGCCUUAGCGGACCAGCCGCUAGCCCGCGGCCUGCACUACUGGAGGUUGAGAUUGGACCACUACGACGGAGACGCGGACCCGGCCUUUGGGAUUGCAAGAGCUGACGUUGCUAAGGAUAAAAUGCUGGCGGCCGGCUGGGAGCCUCGCGUGGCCUUAGCGGACCAGCCGCUAGCCCGCGGCCUGCACUACUGGAGGCUGAGAUUGGACCACUACGACGGAGACGCGGACCCGGCCUUUGGAAUCGCGAGGGCUGAUGUUGCUAAGGAUAAAAUGCUUGCGGCCGGCUGGGAGCCUCGCGUGGCCUUAGCGGACCAGCCGCUAGCCCGCGGCCUGCACUACUGGAGGCUGAGAUUGGACCACUACGACGGAGACGCGGACCCGGCCUUUGGGAUCGCGAGGGCUGACGUUGCUAAGGAUAAAAUGCUGGACGGCCUCACCGCCAAAGCGGCCGGCUGGGAGCCUCGCGUGGCCUUAGCGGACCAGCCGCUAGCCCGCGGCCUGCACUACUGGAGGUUGAGAUUGGACCACUACGACGGAGACGCGGACCCGGCCUUUGGGAUUGCAAGAGCUGACGUUGCUAAAGAUAAAAUGCUGGUUGUUUUAAUAAGGGGCGGGGUCACUUUAAGCCCAUACGGCCUCAGCGCCAAAGCGGCCGGCUGGGAGCCUCGCGUGGCCUUAGCGGACCAGCCGCUAGCCCGCGGCCUGCACUACUGGAGGUUGAGAUUGGACCACUACGACGGAGACGCGGACCCGGCCUUUGGGAUCGCGAGGGCUGACGUUGCUAAGGAUAAAAUGCUUGGCAGCGACGCGCUCGGCUGGGCGAUGUACAUCGACGGCACGCGCUCGUGGUUCGUGCACGGCGGCGCGCACGGCGGGCGCGCGGCGGGCGGCAUCGCGCGCGCCUCCACCGUCGGCGUGCUAUUGGACCUCACGCGCGGCACGCUGCGCUUCACCGUCGACGACCGGCCCCAGGUACACCCGCGCGCUGUGACGUCACGCGGCGUCGCGCGCGCCUCCACCGUCGGCGUGCUGCUGGACCUCACGCGCGGCACGCUGCGCUUCACCGUCGACGACCGGCCCCAGGUACACCCGCGCGCUGUGACGUCACGCGGCGUCGCGCGCGCCUCCACCGUCGGCGUGCUGCUGGACCUCACGCGCGGCACGCUGCGCUUCACCGUCGACGACCGGCCCCAGGUACACCCGCGCGCUGUGACGUCACGCGGCGUCGCGCGCGCCUCCACCGUCGGCGUGCUGCUGGACCUCACGCGCGGCACGCUGCGCUUCACCGUCGACGACCGGCCCCAGGUACACCCGCGCGCUGUGACGUCACGCGGCGUCGCGCGCGCCUCCACCGUCGGCGUGCUGCUGGACCUCACGCGCGGCACGCUGCGCUUCACCGUCGACGACCGGCCCCAGGUACACCCGCGCGCUGUGACGUCACGCGGCGUCGCGCGCGCCUCCACCGUCGGCGUGCUGCUGGACCUCACGCGCGGCACGCUGCGCUUCACCGUCGACGACCGGCCCCAGGUACACCCGCGCGCUGUGACGUCACGCGGCGUCGCGCGCGCCUCCACCGUCGGCGUGCUGCUGGACCUCACGCGCGGCACGCUGCGCUUCACCGUCGACGACCGGCCCCAGGUACACCCGCGCGCUGUGACGUCACGCGGCGUCGCGCGCGCCUCCACCGUCGGCGUGCUGCUGGACCUCACGCGCGGCACGCUGCGCUUCACCGUCGACGACCGGCCCCAGGUACACCCGCGCGCUGUGACGUCACGCGGCGUCGCGCGCGCCUCCACCGUCGGCGUGCUGCUGGACCUCACGCGCGGCACGCUGCGCUUCACCGUCGACGACCGGCCCCAGGUACACCCGCGCGCUGUGACGUCACGCGGCGUCGCGCGCGCCUCCACCGUCGGCGUGCUGCUGGACCUCACGCGCGGCACGCUGCGCUUCACCGUCGACGACCGGCCCCAGGGUGACAUCGCGUUCACGGGUCUCCGCGGCGCGUUCUACCCGGCUGUCUCUCUCAACCGGGGCGUGGCGGUAACGCUGCAGCCCGGCCUGACCCCGCCGCCCGCGCUAUUAGCGCUCCCGCGGGCCGAGUGACCAACACAGUCCUGCCCGGGACCCGGCGAGACCAGGCACCGGGGCAGGUCCACCGAGAGAGUCAGCCGAGAGGAUGGGGCUAAGUCGCUGAGAGACCGGGGCAGAUCUGCUGAUUGAGAAGUAAAAGUAAUUUAAGAUACACCUGUAUAGAUAUCUAGACUAAGAGCUAGUGAACGCGAGACCUACGUCAUUUUAUAAAAGCUGAAAGUUUGCCAGCGUGAGUUGUUUCCACAUCAGCCAGACAGUUUUGACAGUUCCAACUCCCUGCCAGACAGUUUUUUUUAGGAUGCCAAAGCCACGAUGACCCAAACUUCAUGAUUCACCAACAUUCUAUCCUAUAUUGGGAGCAUACGCUGACAAACUUUCAGCUUUUAUAAAAUGACGUAGGUUAGGCGUUCACCAGCUCUUAGUCUAAUCCCGAUCCAUCUGUUUCAACUCAAAAAACGCGCCUAUACAGCUUCAAAUAUGUACGAGCACGAUCGUACAUCCUGACUGCCCCCCACCGUACUAUCGGCCACAGUGUUAACUAUACAUUUCCGUUUUUGCUCUCGCUCUCACCAAAUGGUGAUUCUUUGCGAUAGAACGAGACGACAUGACCGGCAAUAUAUAGUUAACGUUGUUGGCAAUAGUGACAUUUUCACUGUAAAGAUAUAUUUAAUGCUGACAGUACAUGAUUUAUUGAGGCUUCUUACUGGUUUACCCGUGCACAGGUAACCUAAAUAUGCCACUGCCGCGGUUGAUAUCAUUAGUGAAACUUUGUUUAUUAUGUUUUCAUUCCAUAUUUUUCGAUGCACGCGCAUGUUAUUGAAGACAAUAUCCUGUUUACCGUAAUAUGUAUGAAAUAAAUAACUACAUAGUUACGCGCUGCACGCAGGACUUUUACAUUCUUGAUACAGGAAAUACUUUAUUUUUAUUAUAAUCAACAACACAGAUGUUGCAUUGUCAGUUGUGACUACACGUGUUUACGAAGACUCGCUACAGAGUUAAUUUAUUGAGAACCGAUUUCUUAAUGAUUUUCUAAACCUUAGAUGGAAAUAACGAACAUUGAUCUUCCAUAUCCCAAUAAAAUUAAUAUUACUAUUUAUUGGUUUAGACUAUAAUAAUACUAUAGUCCAAAACUAGCAAAACUAGACUACAUUACCUAUGAAAUAACCUUGUAUGUAGCCGCCCAGUAGAUGAUAAGUCAUAUGGUACUAAAAUCUUAAUAUAUUUUAUUGAUAAAAAGUAGGAUAGGCACGUAGUAUGUAAGUAAACAAGCUUUUGCGUGAACUUAAUUAUAUUUGGAUUUUUUUUAAGUUUCAUGAUUUGAAUCAAUAUGAUUGUGUUCAUUUAAUUUUUAUAUAAAUUUAAUAACUUGGCAUUAUUGUAAAAUUGUAUUGUGAUCUCUUUGCGGAUGAGCCUACUUGUACUUAAACAAACUGUCUUUUAACAUGACAUUUUAAUAAUUUAUAUUCUUUUAUGUAUAAAUUAUAAUCUUUAGCAUUAACUUUUUUAUAGAUGUAAUCACUGCCUUUAUUUUUGACACUGUUUUGGUGCAGAUAAAUCUUUUAUGGGUACCUGAGUUAACUUAUUAAAUUCCAUUACCCACCAAAUACAUAAACAUGAUAUAAUAUGGAUUGUUUAAACUUCUACAAAUGGUUGACACUGUAAACGCACAGGCGUGGCUGCUAUUUAAACGUACAUAUCUAAAUAUUUUUGUAUAUUAAUAUUGUGAUUUUAUUACUUUAGAUUAAGUGUAUUAAAAUGGGUUGCUAUUUUAGAUUUGCAAUUCCAAAAAAUAUCUUACUGCCAUAAUUUGCUCGAUAUACGGAAGAGUGGUGUAUAACGUCUUGUUACUUGUCCUGUUACUUAUCAUAUGAAAUAUUCAAAAAGCUAAGCACCUAUAUCUUCAGUUGAUAUGUGCUACGAAGACAAUAAUGACUCCGUGACGACAAUUAUUCAAACGUUUGUUAAAAUUAAAGUUACGCAACGAAUGUUAUGAGGAAACUGGCAUUUCUCCUCAUCAAACAUUUUUAUACAAUAGUUUGAUUACACUAAUGUACUUACAUUUAUGACUGAUUUGUUUAAAUUAAAAUUAUUUCGAUACGUAA